CCUGACUAAUAAAGCUUGAUCCUCCCAGUGGGCGGACGACUGAAAACAGCUUCACACAAAACCCAUGGUGAGCUGUGUUGUUGCUCAUUAGUCCAAAAGGUGGAGCAGAGAGAAGAUGGGUGUCCGCUUGUCGAUUCCUGCAGGUCCUGACGUCAGGAUGGUGAUGAUUGGGAAAACUGGAGUUGGUAAAAGUGCCGUCGGUAACACCAUCGUGGGUAGAAAGGUCUUCUUAUCAUGUGCGAGUGCUCAGUCUGUCACAGAGACCUGCGAGAAGGAACGGUCCAGAAGCGCCAGAAAGAUCCAUGUGGUCGACACGCCUGGGAUUCUGGAUACGUCUAAAAGUGCAGAUAGCAUCAAGAAAGAAAUCGCUAAAUGCAUCAAGGUGUCCUCCCCCGGGCCUCACGUCUUCCUGCUGGUUAUGCAGAUCGGCAGGUUCACCAAAGAAGAAGAAAACUGCGUGGAAGCCCUGGAGCAAAUCUUCGGCCCCGACUUGCCCAAGUACAUGAUUGUUCUGUUCACGCGAGGCGACGAGCUGCAGGGCAGAACCAUACAGGACUACGUGCAGACCGGCCAUCCCAAACUCCGAGAGCUGAUAAACAGAUGCGGGAACAGGUACCACGUCUUCAACAACAAGAAAGGAAUCAACAAAACUCAAGUGGUGAAGCUGCUCGAGAAGGUCGAUGACAUGGUGGCGGCGAACGGGGGGAUGUACUUCUGCGACCACAUGUAUAAGGAGGUCGAGGAGAAGCAGCAGCAGGAGAACAAAGUCGCAACGGACGAGGAGGUUCAAAACUUCUCCUUCAUGGCCGAGCUGCUGCAGAGGGUCCUUCUGUUUCAGGCCAUAUUAGCUGCUCAGGAGAACAACACCAACAACCUGUACCAGUCCAGCUUCCCCCUCAACUUGACACCCCCGAAAUGACGCAGCCUCCAGCUCCUCGUCAAGCUGCAGACUUUCCAACUGAACUUUCUGUGCGACCAGACACAACAAUCUGCCCGAGUUCAUGAAUGUAACGUUACUAUGAGUCUACAGCUCGUGUUCUUCUUGACUUCUCCUUGAAUGACGGUAGCACUGUGUGUUGUAUGUAUCAUGUGUUUGACAUGUUUAUCUGUCACACUGUUUUGGCUUCGUUGCCUCUAAGGUUAAAUAAAAGCAGUGUCUUGUUCCCUCAGUGUCUUGUUCCCUCUGAGCUGCACGACACAGGUUUAAAACAUAUAUUUAUUCGCUCAUUCAUAUCCAGUAAUUUCAAUACUUGUAUUUCUAAUCCCCCGAAAUCAAGAGUUUAUCCCAGAUAACGACACCGAGGUUAUUUAACAUCUUCUUCCUCUAACUGGCAUUCGUCUCUGUUUCUGUAAACUCUGGUCAGACAGGUUCUUCAGGCGCUUUAUCAGAAAUGUCAAUCAAGAUCGAGCCGUCAUCAUUUCUGCCUCCUGACACAUGAGGUGGAGAGUGAACAUGUAACGAUCUCUGAGAUAAUGUGUUGUGUUCACAUUGUUCACUUCUUUAUCCUGCGUCUAUUCAGAUGAAGCCGUGGAACGUGACCUGUUGAUGUUGCUGACAAUAAACUUCUGUUUCUGAAA